UUUGCUUCUUUCGUCAUCCCAAUCAUCAUCUUCUCUCUCUUUUUCCCCUUUUCUCUCCCUUCAACUCCUCUGUAAUUUCGAGGCAAGUUUUCUCAAUAAAUAAAUUGAAGUCUUUUUAUCCAUGCUCUGAAAUAGACUUGUUGCAAAGUAUUACUGUUGUUCUGUUCGUUUAUGAAUUGCUUCUUCAUAACUGUUCACCGAUUAUUUCAUUAAUUUUCAUUGAAAAACUGUUCAUUUAACAAUGGCUGAAUUUGCUGGUGAAUACACUUUUGUCUCAAGUGAAAAUUUUGACGAAUUUCUAAAAGCUUUAGGUGUCAAUUUUCUUCUUCGCAAAACUGUUGGGGCCUUGAAGCCCACGUUUAUAAUCAAAGCUGAAGAAGAUGGAAGUAUUGUCUUCAAAUCGGUAUCAACAUUCAAAACUACCGAGACUAAAUUCAAAUUUGACGAAGAAUUUGAAGAAAAGCGUAUGGACGGUGUAACCUGCAAGAGCGUUGUCAGUCAGGAUGGCAACAAGCUAAUCCAAAAGCAGCAAAGCGACCCUCCGGCAGAAAUUACUCGUGAAUUCAACGGAGAUGAGAUGAAAAUUACUUGCAAAUGCGGUGAAGUUGUUGCCACUCGAAUCUACAAGAAAGCCAACAAAUGAUUUUAUCGAGAAUUACAUUGAAGAAACUUGAGGCCGUAUGCAUAACUCAAUCUAUCAAUCUUUUCUUUCUUUCUUUCUUUCUUUCCGUCUUCUCUUUCUUUCUCUAUUUCUUUUGUCUGACUCUUUCUCUUUGUUCAAAUGACUAUCCAGAAACGAAACAAAUGAAUUAAUCUGUCGAUUUCACGAUCCUGCUGGAGUAAUUUAUUGCCAGUUUUAAGACAUUAUCUAAUUAUAAUACCUGAAUACGCACACCUCACAUCUUCCCUUUAAAGUUUCUUGAAUGAACAUUCCCCUGAAAUAUGCUUAAGUGCUAAUUAAAAGCUCAGUCUAUGUGUGGCCAAAUUUUUCGCCGUUCUGUUAACUAAACUUACCAAUCCAUUAAAAUGACGGACUUCAAAACAAA